UUAUCUCGGUGGAGCGUCCUUCGCAGGCCUUAUAAAGGCCGAAGUCACACUCGCUUAGGUUGCUGUCACCGCCAAAGACCGUCGUCAUGCUGCCUGCAGUUGUAAAGCUCUGCUGUGGCAUCUCCUACGCACAUCUGAGGAGUACGGCAGGACUUCAACGCACAGCUGUGGCAGUGAUAGGCCGGGAGAUCGCGCACCUGGAGCGGUGGGGACGAAUCCGACCGCACAUGAGAACGCGUGCCGGUUCGACUCAUGACGAGCCCAAAAGAGAAGCUGUGAAGCCGGUGCCAGCAAAAGAUCAUCAGUUCCACGUGCAACAAGGACAAGAGGCGAUGAGGAAGGCUCUCGCUAUGUUACAGGACAAAGACGGAUGGAAAGUUGAAAUCGCAGAGAGCAAUGGGGACGUGAUCUGCAGCAAAGUGAUGCCGGGGGGCAGGAAGGUCUUCAGGAUGGACGCGGUCCUCGAGGCCGGCGUCGACGAACUCUACGACCUCCUGUUCGCCAGAGUGGAGGAGAUGCACCGGUGGAACCCGAGCAUACAGCAAAUCAAAGUUCUCAAACACGCUGGGCCUGAAACGAUCGUCACCCAUGAGGUUUCGGCCGAGACAGCAGGAAAUCUAAUUGGCCAAAGGGAUUUCCUGAGUGUCAGACAUAGUUGCAAACAAAAGUCCAGUGUUUAUCUUGGAGGAACAGCGAUUCAGCUGGAGUCGUUCCCACCUCAGGCGGGCUUUGUGAGAGCCGAGGAUGGACCAACCUGCAUCAUCAUACAGGCUCUGGACAGGGAAACAAGAAAGAGCCACUUUACAUGGCUUCUCAAUAUGGACAUGAAGCGCUGUCAACCGCACCUCGCGGUCUGUACUGAUGGAGUUCGCUCAAUUGACCUGGAGGAAGCUCGGUUCACAAACUGGACAACGACUACGCAAACUCCAUCCACUGACAGAGAUUGUUAGUGGCUACAAAAUGUGUGAAGGGGCCCUGAAAUAAGUAUAACUAAUGAAUUUAUUUUCCUUGUAACCGUUUCAGUUCUCAGUACAUUACUGCCAUACUUGCAGUCGUUUGCUGAACCCGUCAAAGGCAUUGUGUCUGUAAGGAAGUCUAUUUGCAUGUGAAAAGUUCUUAUGCUUCUUUGUUUGCCAAGACUGAUCAAAGAAUCCCGGGGUCUAACUUCGUCCUCAGGGCUGGCUGCCAAAGUCCAUUGUCAAUCAGGCUUUACCCCGAGCGCAGCUGGAUUUCACCAGACACCUCCGCAGACGUCUCACAGCGAACGCCACCCUGGGCUGACUGAGUCUGUGUGAGCACCCUGUCAUCACUCACAGGGGACGGCUGGGAGACGGAGGCACGGUGACAGCCAGGCUGUUUUCGGCAGGAGGCUGCCCUUUGUAGCGGGAGCAGAACCGCCUGCAGGAGAAAGCUCCGCUUCCAAUGCUUCGCGGCGCAGAGCUGGAUGAUAGGAGUUCUUCGGAGCCAGGGCCAGCCUGGCAGCAAGAAGCUGGCUUAUAAUAGGAAUAAAUAUCUAGUGUGCCACUCAAACCUCAUUCGCAUUUCCCUGAAUAGGAGUCAUCAAUCACUUACUGACACAUGAGUAACUGUACUCUGCAAAUGAUAAAUAAUAAAAUAAAAGUGCUUUAAGUUUUU